AUGUUAAGAAGGCAACUUGUGAAUUUAUGUGCAAAUGCACUAAGGCAAAGGUCAGCGCCUGUUGUGUGGAGCGCCGUUUGUUCCAAACGUUGCAAAUACACACAGUUCACUGGAGUCAAAGGCAUCCGCAAUAGAAAAAAUAUGUUUGAAACAAAUAAAAUCCGUAAUAAUGACGAUGACGAGGAGGGGGAGAAUACUUCAUUUAAUCACGGAAUCAACUUAGAAGACCGUGACUACGAAGAAGUUGCCAACACUGCUAUGAAUCUAUCACAUGGCCAGAAUAUCGAGCAGAAUAUCUUUGUUAUCCAACCGUACGUCAAAUGGGGUUCGAAAAAGUCCGCUUCCAAUCCAGAUUUACAGUUGAAAGAGGCUGAAGCUUUGGUCCACUCCCUUCCCAACUGUAAUGUUCAAUUGAGUAUGAAAGUUCCUCUGGAGUCGUUGGAAAAACGAGUCCUCUUUGGCUCUGGUAAGCUGGAAGAACUCAAGAAAAUUGUGAGCAAAGGUCGGUCGGGAGCAAAACCAUUGACUGCGCUUUUUAUAAGCAAGGGAACUCUUAGUUUCGCACAGAAACGUCUACUUGAAGGCGAGUUCGGUAUUCCUGUUCUAGAUCGUUAUUCGGUUGUUAUUCAAAUCUUACGACUGCAUGCGACUACAGCUGAAGCUAAACUACAAGUUGCAAUGGCAGAGAUUCCUUAUAUUUGGGGACAAAUGAAAGAUGCGAAUCCAUCGAUGUCCAGAAAGCAGGGAUAUGCUUUUUCAGACAUUCAAAAGGAAAUGUUGAAGACACGAGAGAAAAAACUAAAAGAUGAGCUCGACAGAAUAAGAUCGCAUAGAAAACUCAUACGAAGCAAAAGAAAGCAGAAGAAUUUCCCUAUUGUCGCCGUUGUUGGUUACACUAAUGCUGGAAAGACGUCUUUAAUUAAAGCUCUGACUAACGAACAAACAAUGCAGCCUCGGGAUCAACUUUUUGCCACUCUUGAUGUAACAGCACACGCUGGUCUGUUACCAUGCAAUCUUGAGGUUAUCUACAUGGAUACUGUGGGCUUCAUGUCGGAUAUUCCAACGGGUUUAAUUGAAUGUUUCAUUGCAACUUUAGAAGAUGCCAUGAUGGCGGAUGUCAUCAUACAUGUUCAAGAUUUAUCCCAUGAAACUUGGUUGGAACAACGACAUCACGUUGAAAGAACUCUAGAAUCACUAACGGCGAAUCUUUCACACAUUGAAAAUAUCCAAAUGCCACCUAUUAUCAAUGUUGGCAAUAAAAUUGAUCUCCUUUCCGACUUAAAAUCAGAAGGACCAGACGAAAGUUUAAAAAUGGUUUCAUCUAAAACAUUUAAAGGAAUUCAAGAUUUGGUAGAAGAUGUCGAAAGAAAGGUUCUAGAAACGACUGGCAGAAAAAAGGUGACUAUGCGAGUAAAAAAUGGAGGUUCCGAAACACCAUGGUUGUAUAAAAAUGCUGCGGUUGUUAAUACGAGGGCUGACCCAAACAAUGAAGAGAGUAUUUUGAUUGAUGUUAUUAUAACGGAUAGUAAAAUGCAACAAUUUAGGCAUUAUUUUUGUAAGAAGUAAAAAAUUGUGUUAUACUUUUUAGAAGCUGGUAAAUAAAAGCAAGUUGUUUAGAUUUUAAUGAAAAAGAA